AUGUCACUGAAUCACGCAAAAGCUCGUCAACCGGAAGUCAUCCGGGCUACCCAAAAAGAUGCCCUCUUCCUCGAGGAUAUCACCGGUCGGAUUGGGGAGUUGCUUGAGCUGCUGCCGACAUCGCGUCGGCUGAGAUUGCCGGAGAAACUUGCCAAAUAUCUCGCUGGGACUUUGUACUAUGGAUUGAGUACUAUCUUCAGGCUCCAAACCCUCGGGGAGGAGUACACGGGUAUGAUACAAGUAGAUAGAGGAUGCAGGGACCUACCUCAGAGACAUGUACAAAUAAUUACGUACCUAUUAGACGUGGGAGGAGAGGAUUUGGUGAGGUGUCUCCUGCAGAAAAUUGAGAAUGAAAUUUCCCACCAAGAAAACAUAAUUCCAGAGGCUAGGGAGAAGAUCCAGGUGUGCCUGAAACACGUAAAAGACUCCCUGCCUUACUGGAAAACUGCCCAUAGGGCAUGGUUUUACAUCUUUGCUGGGAAAUACCAUAUUUCAAAGAGAAUCACUGGGAUCAAUUAUUUACUGGUCAGAUAUUGGAUAAAUUCCACAAUGUCCAUGAAUGCAUACAGAAUCCUAGGAGUCAUCACUCUUCUGCAACUGGGAAUUGUGCUACUGAAAUCCCUGAAAAAUCUCAGAGAGGAUUUGCAGAGGAUCAAGCCAGAGGAGACGCUAAAACCAAAAUUUUCCAACCAAGCUUUUCAGUCGCAAAAGAUUUGUGUCUUGUGCCUAGAACCCAGGACAAACACCUCAUCCACUCCAUGUGGGCAUCUCUUCUGCUGGCACUGUAUCAUGGAUUCCCUGGACCAGAGAAAUGUCUGUCCUGUUUGCAGGGAAGCCGUAGAGAAGCGAUCAGUUGUUCCCCUGAUGAACUAUUCCUGAGAUUAUUGUGAUAAAUAGGGCAGCCUUUAAUCCUCAUUGAGAGUUCAAUAAAGCAAUCUAAUACAAUAAA